AUGAAAUUCAGUUAUGUGACCUUUGUGCCAAACAAACAACAACAACAACAAAAGAAGGGAAAACGACCAAAACCUCUCACCAUGGUCUCUUACUUUACAGACACUGAAAGAUUCUCCACUUCAAAUCCAUUCAAUGGUUCUUUGGAUUUAUCUCUCCAUUUCAAUGUUGAAACGAAAUUACAUUCUUCUCGAAGACAUGUUCCUCCUCCCGUUCAGAUUGUCAUUCCAUCUCUUCCACAGUCACCUUUAUCUCCACAACCAACUCAACAACCUUCCAAACCAACAAUCAAACCAAGUCAUUCAUCUGAACAUUCUCAACCAAUUCCUCCUCGUCCAAUUCCAGUCCGUUCAACAGCAGCAUCAAAAUCACAAUUCGUCAAUAAGGUUCCAUGUGAAGGUUUGACAUCCAAAACAAUUUCAUAUCAACCUCCUCAUCGAAAACCACGUUUUGCUCAUCCAAAGGAUUUGUAUGUAAAAGAAACCAUGCAAAUCAGUCAACUGCCAAGCAUGUCUCAACGCUUGACUCCAUCCACAUUUACAACCACAACCACAACAUCAACCAUUCCAUCUCCUCAAAAGUAUGAUCGAUCACUCAUGAUUGCACCCGUCAGUGCUGUCAAAGUUGAUCAUUGUCCAACAGAAAUGCCACCUUCUGGCAUCCAAAAGAUGACUGUCGUUUCAAAAACUAAUAAGGGACAACGACAAGUUGAUGAAGAAACUCUUCAAAAUUUCACUCUUCAAACUCGUCAUGAACAAACACUUUCCAACAUGAUGUCAUGUAAUUGUUCUUCAUCGAGUGAUGAAACGCCUGUUGCGAUUCCUGUUCCAAGAAAAGUGAGAACUUCCAUCUCCUUGUUCGAGUUGUUGAAUCCUGAAGACAAUGAAAGUCUUUAA